CAAAACUGGUGGGGUCGGAUUUGGAUGCCAAUGCGUUGUUCUUUGACAUUUGUAUUGUAUAGAAAUCGUGAAUUAAAUAAGCUUUGUUCAUUGCCUGAGAUUGCCUUUGCUCAAGCACGUGGAGUCGGCAUAGGUAAGCUGGCUGAGACAGGAUGCCACCCCGUUGGAGAGCCUCGCAGCUCGCGUUGACCGCGUGCGCAGCGGUCAUGCUCCUUAACCUUGGAGCGCCGAAGACAUUGCUGGACUUGUGUGACUUCGUGGCAGCUACUAGCUACAAACACUAUGGCCGCGAUGUUGAGUGCUUCGAUUGCUUUGCGGGAAAGGGAGCUGUUGGAUCAGCGUUUCGAUUGAAUGGAUGCAAAACGGUGUCCCAAGAUCUGGAGAUGGGUCCAGCACAUGACCUGGCUUCCACGCCAGGGUUUCUCCGGGCAAUUCUCAAUGUGCUUCGGUGUGUCCCAGAUGGAGUGCUGGUGAUGGGACCACCGUGUGGGUCGUUCGUAUUCAUGAAUUUAGGCACAUCACGAAGGUCGGAACAUAGGCCAUAUGGAGAUGAGAGCCUUCCACACGUGGAGAUGGGUUCCCUGCUGUGCUCGCGAGCGCUUUUACUUCUUCUACUGGCCACCGUACGUGGUGUUUACACCGUGCUGGAACAGCCAGGGACCAGUACAAUGCGUUACUAUCCGGACCUCAAAGCUGUGGCAGCAGCUAUUCAAAAACACCUGGGUGGAAAAUCUUGGCUCACUCAAUACAUGUGGAUGGGAGCGUGGGGUGCACCAACGCUGAAGCCGACGAGGGUCUGGGGCACACCACCGUGGAUUUGCAAUCUUUAUGCCAAGCCGUCCAAAUCUUUGCGCAAGAAGUUGCUUGCAAACUCGAAGCGUCUCAAGAUCACCUUCAAAAAAACAAAGAAUGGUCAAACUUCUGUGUGCGGUGGCCCAGGGUUGGCGGCAACUGCCGCUUAUCCAGAUGGAUUUGGACGCCGUGUGUUCGAGCUCUACCAAAUGAACAAGGACCACAAUGGACUCCAACUGUUGGCCAAGAUCAAGGUUGCUUUUGCUUUAGUGCAAGCCAAAAAGACCAAAUGUGCAAAGUGGAAGGGGGCUUGGCGAAAGGCCAACGUUGCCGUCCUGAAGCGGUUUGUCACAAAGGCCGCUGAGAAAGGGCUGUUUCAACCGAUAGGCCCUGUCAAUGACCGGGAACCAUACACAUAUGGCUGAGCAUCGGUAUGCAAAUUUGCACAUCCAAUGAAUUUUAAUUCGAUUCCGGCGCCAACAUGAAAGCUCGAGUGUGAAUUUGUCACAAAAGAAAUGAACUUGGUGGACC